AUGAAGCUAUCCUCAAUCGCCUCAAGCCUUCUGGGCCUGCUUUCAACGCAGGAGCCCGGCAAUGUACCAAGCCACACCCAGGGCAACUCGCCAUCAGUCUACAUACUCCAGACCACACCGCAGGCCACGAGAGCUUCGACCAAAGCACUGCAAGCACUUGGCUACAGCCGAGCCUGCGACGAGGCCCAGCCACAGUGCAGCCAGACGGAGCUCACAUACUCUGAGCUCAGCACGAGUGAGGACAUUCUGGACGCCUUCAGGCCCAACGGGGAGUCGAAGUUCAUCAUACCAUGGGACUUUCGGGUCGAGCACCGAUCCCAGGUCCAAGGCUACCAGACGAAGUCUCCGCGAGAUCAAAUAUCUGCCAACGAGACGGCCGCGCGUGCUGAGUCGGUCCAGGCCUUUUUCUCACAGGCUAAGAACUCGCAUCGGCUGUUAGAGUUGGACGUGUACGCGUCGGGACAAGGCGUGGAGCAGGACAAGUGGAUAGACUUGUGUUCGUUCUUGGGUCUGGGUUAUAGCAUGGUUGAGAGGCAGAAGCUAUGCAUGGCUUUUCUCUACGGCUGGUUGCACGAAUUGAACAAUAUCGGCAAAGUCAACACGGAUUGA